AUGCAGUUCAUUCAGCCUUCUGACCACCAGCGGUUUUUCAGUACCCAUCUGCAGGAUUGGAUCCUUUACCAUGUGCGACAGGAAGCUACUAGCCUUGAGUUCGGCAUUAUCUGCUGGUCCCUUUGGCGGACCAGGAAUGAUCGAGUCUUCGCAGGCAAGAUCACGACCAGUGCAGCCUUUAUACAGCGGGUCCGGGCAUGGAUAAAUGUCGUGCAGAAUGCCUUGGACAAAGACAGGUUAAUCCAUCAACCUAGUCUGCCCAUAAGAACGGAGGUGGAGAUCUCUUGGAAGCCGCCACCUCCCGAGUGGGUCACCCUCAACUCUGACGGCUCAGUUCACACUAAUUCAGGUCAUGCUGCUGCGGGCGGCCUAAUCCGAGAUCAUACAGGACGUUGCUUGGCAGCGUACGCGAUUAACCUGGGAAAUUGCUCUAUUACCCGGGCUGAGUUGAGAGGUGCUGUAGAAGGGCUGCAACUGGCUUGGGACACUGGUUUCAGACGUGUCAGAGUUGAGCUUGAUUCUCUCUGUGCAGUCCAACUCCUUGGGAAUUUGGGCGAGCCAGACCAUCACCAGGCCGCCAUUAUUCAGAGAUUCAAAGAGCUGCUCACUCAUCAAUGGGAAGUUGUUGUUUCCCACAUCUUUAGAGAAGGAAAUAAGUGUGCCGAUCACCUAGCUAGUCGUGGGCACUUGUUGGCCCCGGGUUAUCAUUCUAUUCCCUGUUCUGACCCCAUUCUGUGUAAUUUCAUCAUGUACGACUGUCAGGGGCUCUCUGAACCCCGUUUGGUUUUGAAUGAAGGCUGA